GGUCACGCUCACGUCGCUGCGAUUCGGUGUGUCUUGGCCUCCCGCCCCGCUUACCUGGGAGUGCCAGGGAGCACCCCGCCCCCAGCGCGAUCCCCUCGGUCGCACAAAGUGGGCGCUAGCGGGGGUCAUUGUGGUCCGGCCGCCUCCCACCCUCCCCAGGAUCCUCCAGGGUGGCGCCAUCGCCAUUCGCGCCUGCCACCAGCCGGCCCAUGUAGAAAGCUGCUGCUUUCUACAGCGUUGUCUCUGCCCCAUGCCCUCUUGUGGUCGUAGGCAUCCGGUGGCCCGGGAAAGACAGAAAGAAGCUGCCACAGGAGCCCAGACACGCCGGGGACCUUCCUCCCCUUAUCUCCUCUCUGGAUUCGGGCGUCCCCCACCAGCCACGGUGAGGGCGAGAAAGAGAAUAGCUGAAUGGAGACGGGGGAGGACCCCAGGUCUCAGAAAGUGAGGGGAGCCAGGACUCCCGCAGGGGAGUUGGUGCAAGGCCUGAAGUGGGAGAAGAGUGGCUGGCAGAUGGGAGUCCAGGACCACAUCUCUGCAGGGGACAGGCGAGUCCUGUGCAGGCUCCAGGAAGGUGUGGAUCACACUGGGACCAGACAGCUGGAUCUGGGCGCGUCACCUGACUACCCUGCAGUGUCCUGGACACUGCCCAGCUAAGCAGGAGCUUCAACCCUGUGGGCCUACAGCUCAUCUGAACCUGCUUAGUCUGUCUUCCUGUCGCGUUAACCUUGCCGAGGGCCAAGAGCCCGACUCUCCACCCCACUUCCAUCACUCUUGGGUACCUGAUCCACCUUCCACCUUCAUGGGCAGGGAAGGAGACAGGAAGGUCACCAAUCCAACCAAGCCACAGUGCCAAAUUCUCUUGGUUCAUUUGUUUUCCCCAGUCGAGUUAUGUUUUCAAACCAUGAACAGAUUCAUAGUUGCUAGUGAAUGCCAAAUUUCAAAAUGAGGGAGUCCUAAUAGGGUGACUUGUCCAUUAGGUAGCCAUAGGUGAGCCAUUUACUUUCUCUGAGCUUCAAUAUCCUUGUCCCAAUAAAAAGCAUUUGUGAUUAGCUCUGAGCACAUAUUUAGGGUGAGCUUUUGCCCUAAAUAUGAGCAGGUGGGUUUCCUCCUGGCAGAAGGCAACAUCCUGCCCUUCCAGCGUGCUUCUGAUCAGGGCACAGAGAAGAGCCAGGUUCAUCUUCUUUCUUUUUGGUCAACUCCAGACAUCUGCAACAAACAACAAGAUUAACAACAACCAUUACAAUUGGCCCCUGGAGGGUUUAUCUGUCAGGACAUGCAUGGCUGUAGGAUCUCAUUAUAGGCCAAAUGGAAAGGAUGUCUGCUUCCUUUCUGUCCUGCAAUUCCACGAUAAAAUCCCCUCCGGUUGUCUCUACUGAUUCCAUUUUGUUUUCUUUCUUGGCCAUAAUACAGAUAGGAGGAAAAAUCUUUCUUCUCCCAAGGCGAAGUUUUAAACACAUCACCUCAGAAUGCCAAAUGUUCUGGAAAAGAAGAGAGAAAAGAAGAAAAUUGGCAACGAAGGAGCCGGCAGAGAGACUGGGGCUGAGGGGGCUGAGGGGCUCAGCAGCUCCUGGCAGGCUCCUCUGGUCUCUGUUUGAAAUUGGCUGAAAAGACAUGGAAUUUAGCAGGCAAAGCUGCCUCCUUCUCCUCCUCUUAUCUGCAGAGGAGAGAUCGGUUCCCAGCUGGUUGGGGCAGUGUCAUCGAUACAGCUGGUGUCAUUGUUACCUUCCACUAACAGAUCACUCGACACCUACUGGCCCAGGCAGGGCUAGGACUGGGUAUUGCCUGGCUGAGCUGGAGGCUUGGGCUCUCCUCAUUGUCCCAGAACCCCAGGUGAGGCCAAGACAUGAGCUCUGCUGGGAUGCUGCGCUUAGUGAGCCAGCAAAAGGACUAGAUUGCUCCUGGUGGCUGCUCUACCUUGCAGAGUCCCAGCUGCCCCUUUGGUUCCUGUUGUCUGGCCUCUUUAGCUGUCCUGGGUAGAGGAGAUGAGUCUGUCGCUGGCUGCGAGCUGAGGCCAACUGAAGAUGCUGCAUAGAGAAGGGGCACCAAGAGUGGUCCUGGAUUGACGAGUGGAGAGCCGCCCUUCAGUCGUUCUGCCUGGCCUUGCUUCUUCGGCCGGCUGCCCUUCCGGUGCGUGCAUCCCAGGCGGUAUCAUGCUGCAGCAGAUCCUGCACGACAUGUACAUCGACCCCGAGCUCCUCGCCGAGCUCAGUGAUGUGCAGAAGCACAUCCUCUUCUACAAGAUGCGGGAAGAGCAGCUGAGGCGCUGGAGGGAGCGGGAGACUUGGGAGGCCCUGGCCCAGGACGAGGGGCUCAGGCCUCCAAAGACCAAGCGAGCGGGUAACAAGCACAUCCAGUGGCUCCUAGGGGCAGAUGGCGAGGUCUGGGUCUGGAUCAUGGGAGAAGGCCCUGGUGACAAGCCCUAUGAAGAGAUCUCUGAGGAGCUGAUUGCAGAGAGGGCACGGCUGCAGGCACAGAAGGAGGCUGAGGAGCUCUGGAGACAGAAGGAGGCAGAGAUCACCAAGAAGUUCCGGGAUGCUCUGGCCAAUGAGAAAGCCCGGAUCCUGGCGGAGAAAUGGAAAGUGGAGAUGGAAGACCGCAAGGCUGCCAAAGUCCUGGAGGAACGCAUCCACGAGGAAUUCAAGAGGAAAGAGGAAGAGGUGAGGAAGAGAGGAGAAGAGCAGAUUCGCCUCCAGGAAGAGCAGAGGGCGAAGGAGCUCUUCUGGACCCUGAAGCAGGCCCAGCUGCAUUGCCAAGCCAGUGAGAAAGAGGAGCGAGAGUGGGAAGAACAGCUGCGCCGGUCCAAGGCAGCUGAUGAGGAGAGGAGCCGCGAAGCCCAGCGCGCCCGGGACGAGUACCGACGCCACUCGCUCCGUGCUAUCCAGAAGGGCACGGUCGCCGGCCUCAGCUCCAUGUUCCAGGAGCUCGGCCAGAGCCACGAGCAGGAAGCAAGACUCUACCAUCACCUCCCGGGCCCAGGUCCGCCGGCGCCCCUCGCCCUGCCGGUCAGGACUUGGGAGCGCCCGCUGCGCCCGGUCUCCAGAGACGUCAUCGUCCGCUGGUUUAAGGAGGAGCAGCUGCCUCGCCGAGCUGGCUUCGAGAGGAACACCAAAUUCAUCGCCCCCUGGUUCCACGGAAUCAUUAGCCGAGAAGAUGCGGAAGAUCUUCUGGAGAACAUGACUGAGGGAGCAUUCCUGGUCCGGGUCAGUGAGAAAAUCUGGGGUUACACCCUCUCCUACCGCCUGCAGAAAGGGUUCAAGCACUUUCUUGUGGAUGCCUCUGGGGAUUUUUACAGCUUCCUGGGAGUAGACCCCAAUCGCCAUGCAACGCUCACGGAUCUCGUUGAUUUCCAUAAGGAGGAAAUUAUCACUGUUUCAGGAGGAGAGUUGCUUCAAGAACCCUGUGGACAGAGGGACAGCCCACCAGACUACCAUCUGUUGUUUGAAUAAUUUUUUUUCCUUAUCAGUUGGAUUCUUUGGGCAUCCUGUUUCUGAACUCAGCUUAAGAACUUCUCAACUCAAAUCCUAUGGCCUCCUGGAAGAUCCACAACUAUCCAGAGGAAAAAGUAGAUUAAUAUGUCUUAAGGGAUAUGACAUUUGUGGCAUAGGGCUGCUGGUCUUAUUCCCAGUGAUCGGGACAGAAAUUGCUAAUAGCUCAUGCAACUCUUUGAUAAAGAGCUUAGCAAGAAACAAAAGCUUGUUUGUCAUGGCUUCUGUAAACUGAGCUCUUAGAGUGCAUGGACCAUGUUUUAAUAAUCCAAAAUAAUUCCAGUGCUGAACCCUGAAUUUAACAUAUGGUAGACAUUCAGUAAAUGUUUGUUGAAUGAAUGCACUUCUAAAAGUUUUCCAACAAAUAAGCAGUGGUUUAUUUUAAAUUAGUUCCUACUUGUCACUCUAUAAAAUCAUGGUGAUAAUAGAAGAUUGUACAGGAUUUCUGUGGGGGACAUAAAUGCUGCAUCGUUCAUAAUCUCCAUUAUUACUCUCCAUUAUAACAAUUGAUGUUAUCAUUGGAAUUAUUAUCUAAGGUGGGCCCCAGUUUGCAGGGCAGCUGGUUGACACUGUUCUUCCAUCCUUAUUUAACCUCUUCUUUUGCUGCUUUCCUGUAUCUUUGAAUCAUAUCUUGUUUCUGGUUUUGCAGUGGUUUUAUGUAAUCCUGCAGACAUCAUCAAGACCUGGGGUGAGUUACAAAUGCAAGAAUGGUUUUUAGACAUCUGAUAAGGCCUAUGCUCUCUGGAAUGCUGCCCUAUCUAUGCAGGUUACUCCAAUUAUUAGCUCUGUCCUCAUUGUCCUUUUAAUUCUCUUAUCAACUUAGUCUCAGUAUGUUUCUUACAUUAACAAGAAGACUUACCCAGUAACUCCUCAAUGGGUGUUGGUGUCUGUUGGUGCAUACUUAUGUUCCACAGUUAUGGCUAUAUACACAGAGAUAGUAUGUGAUGAAGAUUACAGUCUUUACAGUCAAGAAGACUUGGGUUCAGAUCCU